AUGCUCGAGGUCCAGGUCCGGGCUACCAAAGAGACACGGCGGGCUCGACGUAGGUGUCACGGUGGUGAUGACGAUGACAGGGAUAACAAAAGUGACGAGAAUAACGCCAACGACGGGACGGAGUCUCUGGUUUUAGACCACCGUCCCAACUUCGUCUUCGAGAACGGCACAGCCGGAGACGAGGCGGCUCAGAAAUUUGCAGAAAAACAUCUUCUUCCCUUCUCUCAUGAGGACUUGCAUCAACUGGCUAGCAUGGUGCGUACAAUACCGGACUUUCCGCGCCAAGGCAUUGAAUUCCGCCACGUGCUCAGCAUCGCCGAGCAGACGGGUGGUCUAGCACUGUGCACGUCACUACUACGAUCUCAAUUCACUGGCGACUGGAGCAAAGUUGACGUUGUGGCAUGCUGCGAAGCCGGCAGCUUUGUCUUUGCGUCAGCGUUGGCCUCCCAAGUCAAUGUGCCCUUAGCGCUGGUUCGGGAAGCAGGCAAGCUCCCUGCGCCCACCGUCUCGGGAGAAAAGAGGAUCGAGAUGAAUCGAUAUGUGGUUCCCAGGGGUGGGACAGUUGUGGUAGUAGACGACGUGCUUGCUACGGGGAAAACGCUGUGUGCGGUUCUGCAGCUGCUGGUUAAGGCUGGAAUCGAUGUCGAACGUGUCAGAUUUAUUGCUGUAGCCGAAUUUCCUAUCCAUCGCGGUCGGGAAUUGUUGCGCCGACGCGGCUUUGGCAGAGUCAACGUUCAAAGUCUUUUGGUUUUUGAUGGCGAGUAG